AUGGCAGCUGCAAACUGCUUCAAGCAUGGAACAAUUCUACCAGUCUCGGCCAAUCUCCAGCACAAGCAGCUACCGCCAAGAAACAGCUGCACCAUAAACAAUGAGCUCAAGGGAAACAGAAACAUGAUGCUUAUGAUGGGUUUGAGUGGAAGACAUGGUAAAGCAUCCAAGCGUGUUGGGAUGAUAAGGUGCAGUGGGAGAAGUAUAGAGGACUUCAUAGGAGGAGACUUGGUGAGAUUUGAUCUCGGCCGUUGGCUUUCUGACGUGGAGGAGCACAAGGCCCUGGCUGUCUACUCUCCCCAUGAGGGAGGCUACGAGGGCCGCUAUCUUAACCGCCUGAGAUACCAGGGUUACUAUUUCCUGGACCUUAGUGCCCGAGGCCUCGGUGAUCCUGAGACCACCCUCACCAAGGUCCAUCCUGUUUGCCCGCCUCAUCUAGGGAAGCAACCCAUAUCAAGGUGGUACUUUCCACCAGAGGUUGAUUACAGGCUUGCUGCCCUGCCUCCAAAGGCCAAAGGCCUUGUGGUCUGGAUUAUUGAAGCCAAGGUUCUGUCAAAGGCAGAGCUGCAGUUUCUUGCUCUGCUUCCCACACUCCGGCCCAAGGUCAGGGUCAUUGCCGAAUGCGGAAACUGGAGGAAAUUUGUAUGGAAACCACUCAAAGAAAUUUCGGGAUUAACUGCUAAUGAGGGAUGA